CCAGUGGUUAAGAUGGCAGAGAACACUUCCGGUCGGUGCUGAUGCUCUGGGAUCAUCGGGUAGCUGCCAGGCUGCAAGCGUUUGAGUGCAAUAUCCAGGCCAUGGCGUCUUCUCUGAGCGGGAUGUUCUCUGGUCAGCCGCCCGGUCCCCCGCCUCCCAUGCAACCUGGGCCCGGUCUCAUGUCCACUCCACCCGGAGGGAAGAACCCCAACAGCACGCUGGUGGAUGAGCUGGAGUCCUCCUUCGAAGCAUGCUUCGCUUCACUGGUCAGCCAGGACUAUGUGAACGGGACAGAUCAGGAGGAGAUCCGUACAGAAAGAGCCAACAUAUUCCGCAGCGCUGUACAAUGGGAAGGAGUUGAACAGUGUAUUCAGAAGUUUCUGGAUGUCGCCAGACAAACAGAAUGUUUCUUUCUACAAAAAAGGUUACAGCUUUCUGUGCAAAAGCCUGAGCAGGUUAUAAAAGAGGAUGUUACGGAGCUGAGAAGUGAACUUCAGAGGAAGGAAGCUCUAAUCCAGAAGCACCUAACAAAACUGCGGAGCUGGCAGCAGGUUCUGGAAGACAUCAAUGGUCAGCAUAAGAAGACAAGUGAGAUGGCCCAGGGACCACUCGCUUACCUGGAGCAAGCUUCAGCUAAUAUCCCAGCUCCUAUGAAGCAGACGUGACCUGUGACACUGUGGGCUGAUGUAGCCUACUCACAAGGUGUGCCCGAUGGACUUAUGUUAAAGAGCAUUUUCUUUUUCUAAUUGGUUUUUUACUGUAUAUUGAAAAUUGGGAUAAUAAAAAUAUUUUUCAUGUCGGAAAGAAACCUUAAACACCUUGACAUUUUCUUUUUAAAUGCAAUGCUAAAUUUAUAUUUCCUAAAAUUGCUAUUCCAAUAUACUUGUUUAUACUUGUUUAUUAACAAACAAUGAAAUGCAUUUGGAUAGAAGUAGUUAUUUAUUAAGGUUCUAGUAGUGAUUGGAGCAGCACCAUUUAUAUUCUUCCCCAGUACACUCCCAAAACGUUGGUGAUAAUUCCUGCAUUUGUGAGAACCUGUCAGCCUGUGUAACACCUGUAUUCAGAGACCUUGCCUGAUUGAUUACUGAUCUGAUCCAGCUAGCCAUGAACUCAGAUUUUGGUGUGGAAUUUCCACACAGGCACUGUCUUGCCUACAUUCCUUUAUUAUAUCCAUCCUGUGCAUUAUUACAUUACAAAUCGUUAGUAUUUACAGUCUUGUUGUUCAUAACAAGCUGUGCAUUGUUGCAUGUACAUAGUUAUUGUGUUAAUUUUAUAUUCCAACCUGUGCAUUGUUGCACUCGCGUGCAUUAGGUUAUCUCUGUCUGUCCGCAAAUAGUGCAGCAGCAUCUAGCCAGGGUUCUGUGUACCUCUCUCCGUACUGCAACCUACUCUUGCCCAACCUCCAAUAGCCACCUUGUCUAUACAUAAAACCAUGGGGCAUCUGAGUACAGGGCGGACCUAAUCUGCCCUGGAAAGGCGGCUGCUAUAGACGAAGUCCUUGGCUGCAGGAGGUUAAAAGACUGCCGGGCAAGAGUAAUUGUGUGAGCGUCACCAAGAACCAUCAGAUAGCUCAUAGCACACUGUUGUCCACGUAACAAUAAUAGCAGAUGCAAUUACAGUAAAUAAAGAAAAACAAAGUUGCCUUUUUCACCUUUAAUUUAAAACUGAAUAGAAUUAAUCUACAGCUGGAUAUGAUUAAACUAGGAAUUACCAUAGAUUUAUCAGACCAGUAGAUUGACAUGAAUAUACUGUUGUACAAUCAAAAUCAUUUUGUGCUGUUCAAAAUUUUUUUUUUUUCCUCAUAGGAGGGAGGGACCAGUUGUGAGGUGCAUUAAUAUUCGGGAGAAUGUACAAUGUCCAUUUUAUAGGAACUUGUGAUAUCACUGAGGCAUUAAAGUGUUUUAUAAUAAACUAGCUGUUCUACCCA